AUGCCUCUCCGCGAGCUCCAGUACCCGACCGAGCCGUACAGCAAGGUCAACCGGCUCAAGGACCGAGCGGACUACGCCCUCGAGGCCAUCCACCGGAUUGUCAACACAUGCCCGCUGCUACAUGUCUCCUUCCAGGCCCCAGGCAGCCCGUUCCCGGCGGUCCUGCCGAUGAUCGGGCAGAUGGGCUCGUUUGACCGGCCCAGCGCUGAUUUGGGAGAUGUGCUCGAUCUGUAUCUCCACGGCUACGUCUCCUCCCGCAUCAUGAACACCGCCCGCUCCUCCUCCUCCUCCUCCGCAUCCGAAACCUCAACCGAAACCUCAACCGAAGAGAGUAAAGAAGGCAUCCCCAUAACAAUAGCAGCCACCCACCUCGACGGCCUGGUCCUCUCCCUCACCCCCAACUCCCACUCCUACAACUACCGCAGCGCCAUCCUCUUCGGCCACGCGUCCCUCGUCACCUCCGUCCCCGAAAAGCUCUACGCCAUGGAACUCAUCACCAACAGCGUCGUCCCUCAACGCUGGGCCCACACCCGUGUCCCGCCCAACGCGGCCGAGAUGCAGAGUACGAGUGUGCUAAAGGUGAGGAUUACGACGGGGAGUGCGAAGAUCAGAGAGGGGGGACCGCAUGACGAACGGGGGGAUCUGGAGGAUAGGGGGGUGGUGGAGAGGGUUUGGACGGGCGUGGUGCCGGUGUGGAGUGUGUUGGGGACACCGGUGGUGGGGGGGUAUAAUGAGGUGGGGGAGGUGCCGGGGUAUUUGGAGGAGUGGAGGGGGGAGAGGAAUAGGGAGGGUGAGGAGUUUGCUAGGGGGGUGGCUAAGGAUUAG